CUUUGGCACCGGGCCAUGGCUCCGUGGCCGCCAUGGCUGGCGCUGGCAUGGCUCGGCGGGAUUCCUGUCGCAGCUCUGCGGGACAGCAGCAAUGGCAGCUUGAAGGGCUUGGACGCAGUGGAUCAGCAGACAGACCACUCUGAAGACGCAGUCUACAAAGUCCACAAGCGCACGGUGCACCUGGAGGAGAGCGAGCAGGCUGCGCUCUCCUUUCGCUCCGUGGGUCCGGAAGAUGCCGAGAAUCCCUUCCAACAAGGGGGGGACAAUGCUUCUACGUCUUCCAGGACAUUGCCAACAACGACAACAGCUCAGGGCGAAGACGGUGCUGCACUCUACGUCAAGCAGCUCAAGCAAGACCAGGAGGAAAUCGGAUUUGGAAUCUCUGUUUUCUUUUAUUCGACUUUGGCUUGGGACAUGUUCCUGUUGUGGAUGCUGCUGUCUCCAGAUCCACAGGUACGCAGCUACAGCGUGAAGACCAUCAGCUCGUGCAUGGCCAUCUUCAUGGCCUUGUCUAUCGAACAUGCCGAACUCGGGCUGGUCGUGAACGGAUUUCACAUGAAGAAGCUGUGCACUGUGCUGUUUCUUCUGCACUGGGUGCUCAUUCCCGUGAUUACCUGGCCGUUGCGUGGAUCGCAUGUGAACUUCGCCGCGGCGGUUCAUGUCCUGGCUCACGUCACGGCAUUUCUUGGUAUUUGCGCGUGCAACCAGCUCUUCGCAGUUGUGCGUGCGGCCACUUCUGGAUUCAGUCCCGUUGUCGUCAUCGGCAUCCAGUUUUUGCUUCUCCUGAAGCUCGCCAUAGCUGCUCGAGUGGUUGUCCUCCUUACAAGCAAAUUCUUGCGGCGUCAAAUCAAUGUACCGGACGAGCCCCACGCCCAACAUGUGGAGGCACACCACUCGUCACUCACAGAGGCGGAGUACCUGGAGGAGGUGGAAGAAGCGAACAUUGAAGCUGCAUGCAUCCUCGUGAGCUACCUAGCCAAGAAUUGGAUCGUUUCCUCACUCCUCCUCUGGUGCCAGUUCGACUACGGCAAGCUCUCCGAAGGCGAUGUGAUGCUCAUGAAACAGUCUGAAGGCUUCCUCCUGUUUAUCACCUACCUCAGUGCAGCCACACUCGCCAUCUACGGCAUCCUGGCGAUCCUCCAAGGCCGGCAGGCGGUUAUCCUCCAUGAGAACCCCUUGCCCGGAAUCUGCGGAAAGAGUGCUACGCAGAUUCAAGAGCAUCCUCAGCUGGAGCGCAGCCCCUUCCGCUUGUUCUUAAACGGAUCGAGCAUGGAGUGUUGGAGCCCCCAUCAGCAGGACCCUGCUGACAUUGCACUUGGCAAAGCACCCCAAAUGAAUCGAUAUCCCUUCCCCAUGCCUUCCCCCCUCUCCCCCCAUCACUCUGUUGGAUUUGUUGGUGAGAUGUUGAUGUGGUUACAUGUGCUGGAAGUGAUGUGCCAUCUCUGUUUCAGCUAUGCCAGCUUUGUUUCCCCUGCGUUGCUGAUGGAUGCGUUUGGAUGUGAUAAUGCUUGGAGCCCGCCUCGUCAGCUCUGUUAG